AUGAAUCAAUUUCUUGUUAAUCAACAGAAGGAAGAAAAAUCAAUUCAUACAUCAAACAAAGAGAGAUCAGAAGAUCAGAAGAUCAGAAGAUCAGAAGAUCAGAAGAUCAGAAGAUCAGAAGAUCAGAAGAUCAGAAGAUCAGAAGAUCAGAAGAUCAGAAGAUCAGAAGAUCAGAAGAUCAGAAGAUCAGAAGAUCAGAAGAUCAGAAGAUCAGAAGAUCAGAAGAUCAGAAGAUCAGAAGAUCAGAAGAUCAGAAGAUCAGAAGAUCAGAAGAUCAGAAGAUCAGAAGAUCAGAAGAUCAGAAGAUCAGAAGAUCAGAAUAUCAGAAUAUCAGAAUAUCAGAAUAUCAGAAUAUCAGAAUAUCAGAAUAUCAGAAUAUCAGAAUAUCAGAAUAUCAGAAUAUCAGAAUAUCAGAAUAUCAGAAUAUCAGAAUAUCAGAAUAUCAGAAUAUCAGAAUAUCAGAAUAUCAGAAUAUCAGAAUAUCAGAAUAUCAGAAUAUCAGAAUAUCAGAAUAUCAGAAUAUCAGAAUAUCAGAAGAUCAGAAGAUCAAAAGAUCAAAAGAUCAAAAGAUCAAAAGAUCAAAAGAUCAAAAGAUCAAAAGAUCAAAAGAUCAAAAGAUCAAAAGAAAGAUCAAAAGAUCAAAAGAUCAAAAGAUCAAAAAGCUAUCAAUUAUUAAUGUUUGAUCGUGUCUUAGAAAUUGCGCGGGAAAGAAAUUCGAUCAUAUCGUAA